AUGACAGAAUUACUUCCUUUACAAGACGAAUAUAUCACACAGUUAAAAUUAAAUGGUAACCGAUCUACAAAGAUAAUGGCAUCAUCUGUUAACGAAUCAUCCAAAAAGAAUCCAGAAGCGACAACUUCAGGUGGUGGAAAACCCAAUGGAGUUUUCCUUGAUAAAGAUGGAAAACCGUGUAGAGCCUGUACCGCAUUCAGAGAUUGGACAAAACGAGGGAAAAAGAAAGAAUCAUCACAACAUAAAGUUGAAAUGACAACAAAGGAAGGUAAUGCAACUGGUGGUAAUAUAGCAAACAAUAAUUCUUCACAAGGAUUACCUCAAGAUUGUCCACCAGAUUCAGAACAAUUAGGCAGAGCUACAUGGACUUUCUUACAUACGAUGGCCGCUUAUUAUCCCGAAAAACCUUCUUCUGAACAACAAAUAAGUAUGCGUAAUUUAUUAUCUGGCUUUUCUCAAUUUUAUCCUUGUUGGUAUUGUGCCGAACAUUUACGUGAAGAAAUGAAUAAAAUUCCACCCAAGGUUGAAAGUAGAAGGGUAUUGGGAAAAUGGUUAUGUGAUAUGCAUAAUAUUGUUAAUGAACGUUUGGAUAAACCAAUUUUUGAUUGUAAUAAAAUUAAUGAGAGAUGGAAGGAUGGUCCUAAAGAUGGUCGAUGUGAUUAA